GCCCCUGGAACGGCGCGACAUGGGGGGCUUUUUCUCCACCAUCUUUUCCAGUUUGUUUGGAACUCGAGAGAUGAGGAUUCUCAUCCUGGGGCUGGAUGGGGCAGGAAAAACAACUAUUCUCUACAGGUUACAGGUCGGAGAAGUUGUUACCACCAUUCCAACCAUUGGCUUCAAUGUUGAGACAGUGACAUACAAGAAUCUGAAAUUUCAAGUUUGGGACUUGGGAGGACAGACAAGCAUAAGGCCAUAUUGGCGGUGCUACUAUUCCAAUACAGAUGCAGUCAUUUAUGUAGUGGACAGCUGUGAUCGAGACAGAAUUGGCACUUCAAAAUCAGAGCUUGUUGCUAUGUUGGAGGAAGAAGAGUUGAAGAAAGCCAUUUUGGUGGUGUUUGCCAAUAAGCAGGACAUGGAUCAGGCCAUGACUCCCACAGAAAUGGCAAAUGCACUUGGCUUGCCAGCUUUGAAGGACCGAAAAUGGCAGAUAUUCAAAACCUCUGCAACUAAAGGCACAGGGCUUGAUGAAGCAAUGGAGUGGUUGGUGGAGGCCUUGAAGAGCAGGCAGUGAUACAAAGCUGACCACUGCAAAGAAGUCGCAGCUGUAGCCAGCAUACCCCCUUCCUUCUGCAGGCAGUCGAGUAUUUUCAGGCCACAAAUACUUGUAAAUAGGAAAGAUUUGACUCCUGUAAUGUGGAUGCUUCUUUUGAAUUGUAAAACUGAACCAAGUGAAUGUCUGUGUACAUUAUGAUAUACGAUAUUCCAGUUCUUUCUUUCUGUUUAAAGGAUGUACUUACAUUAAUUUGUAGUCUUACUGGCCAGGAAAGGUGUGUGUUUUUUUUUUUUUUGUUCCCCCUCACCUUUCAAGCUUUUGAGUUUGUGUGAUUACUAUAUUAAUGUAAGUGAAACACUAAUAAAAUCUGGAACUAUCACCU